AUUUUUUUAUUUUUAUUUUUUACUAUUUUCUAGUUCCUUUCUUCACCUAAGUUGCACACUGUCGCCAAUAUAUAUUGAGCACCCAAUUCCCAGAGAAAUGAGAUCACACAGUUGGUGCAAGAUGAAAUUUUGAGAGAACCCCAGAUCUGAUAUUCCUCAUAUUUUAAUCUCUGGGGGAUAAAAACCGUUCCUUGGCUGCUGGUCGGAGCUCUUUUCCGCUGGAAUUGAACUGGUCUGUGGCAGAUAAGGAAGGCUCGGGUAUUUUGUUUCUUUUUCGUAGAUUUAGCCGUUAGAUUUUGUUUAAAGUUCCGGUGAAAUUCAGUUCUUUUAUUAAUUAUAAUGUUGGAAAUUGUUAAUAGGAGCAUGGAUGGCUUAUUUGGUCACUCCCAGUAUUAUAAUAUUGUUUCUUGCAUAUCAUAAAAAUAUCGGAUAUUUAAUUGGGUUCAUGUGUAUACUUCUUGCACAUUCAAUUUUUUUUAUUUUUUAUUUUUUUACCCCUUGAUAUUUGGAAAUUCGUUUAUUUAAUUGGGUUUAUGUCGUUGUUGGGAUUUUGGUGAAGUUUGUUAUCUUUCUGUGGGUUCUAAGACGCGUUAACUGAGUAAUGGAUGAAAAGGAACAUGAUCUGCGGGAUAGUCAUGAGGUGUCGUGUCGAGUUGAUAAAAGGGUGACUGAGACUUCGGGUGAUUCUGUUGAUAAGCCUGUUGUCGAGACUGUCAGCGUGGCUAAUGGGGAUGAGCCCGGUAGCGUUAGAGCUGAAAAUAAAGAUUUGGAAGCAAUGGGUCGUGAAUCAAAUAAAAUAUCGGCAGAAGAAGGUCAUGGUGAGGUAUCAGGUGAAGGUGAGCAAGCAAGGAAUGGGGAUUCAACAAAUCCGGUUGUUGGGGUUGUGUUUGAGACUACAGUUGUGAUUAAUACUGCUGAGUCUCCAAUGUGUGGUGGAGAUAAUAGGGGGCUUAAUGCAAAGGUUUCUGAAUUGGGAUCAACUAAGGUAUCAAUGGAAGAAUCAAAAAAGAUUGUCUCUGGAGCUGAUAAGCAGUCGUGUGUGAUUGAUGUAAACUGUGGGAAUGGUAAAGGCUAUGGUGAUAAAUGGGAUGCGGAAAAGAUUUGUAGGAUUUGCCAUUUGACCUCUGAUCAAUCGCCCGACAGACCAACAACAACAACAACAACGACAACAACUACUGUAAAGUCUGCUGUAGAUUUAAUUCAUCUGGGCUGCGGCUGUAAAGGUGAGCUCGGUAUCGCUCAUCGUCACUGUGCAGAAGCAUGGUUUAAGCUAAAAGGAAACAGGUUGUGUGAAAUUUGUGGCAAGACUGCUAAAAAUAUAAGUGGCGUAGGGGAUAGCAGAUUUAUGAAUGAGUGGAAUGAAAGAACAUUCACUGGUAGCAGUAUUAAUUCUUCUGGUAAUAGUGGAGGAUGUUGGCGUGGACAACCAUUUUGUAACUUCUUAAUGGCAUGCCUGGUGCAUCUUGUCCAUUCUUCUGGUUCAAUACUGUCCUGAAAUUGCAAUGGAAGUUCGUGAUUUAGCACCCCAUUAUAGUCUGAGAUCUAUAUUUUGCUCUUGAAGAUAUCGUUGGUGUCAUAUCUUUGGUGUCUGAUAAUUAAAUUUCCCACCGAACCCCUGCAUUUUAGGAUCAGAUUGUGGAAUUAGUUGCUUCAGUGCUGCAAGAGUGUGACAGGUGAUAAUAGAUAUUCCUUUAUUGGUGUUGAUAUUAAUUUUCAUGUUAGAGGAUGAAAAGAAUUGUUUUGGAUAAUAUUAGCUGUAUCUUUUCUAGGUUUUUCCCCUUUUUUUUUUUUUUUUUUUUUUUUUUUUUUAAAUCUCACUCUCUCCCCUCCCAAAAUUUUUUCUGAUUCCUUUGUGCUCAUAUUGGCAUGUAAAUUUACUGCAGAAAUCACAUUGUACAUAUUAAACUUUUUUUUUCUUUUUUGUGGUCUGAAUAAAAGCUUGAUUGUUUAUUUA